UGCCCUUGUGUAAGGCUGGGGAGGAGCCAGUGAAUAAAGGAUAGCUCCUUCCUGGCCACAGCAUCGAGGGCCAAGAGGAUGAGGAUGCAGAGUGGCUGGGCCAUGCAGGUACCCCUAUUGGUACUGGGGCUGCUCAGCCUGAAGAAUCCAUUUAUCUAUGCCCAGGAGCAGAGGUACCAGGAUUUGGUGAAUGAAUUAAUUCAGGAAUACAACAAGAAGUCAGGAUCAGAAAACCUCUUUCGUCUCUCAAUCCUGAAUCUCCCGUCUGGGGAAAACAAUGAUGCUGCUGCUCCUCGACUUCUGAGCUUCACCAUGAGGGAGACCGUGUGCCCCAAUACUGAAAAUCGCAAUCCAGAUGAAUGUGACUUCAAGGAAAAUGGGGUGGUGAAAGAAUGCCUUGGAGCCAUUGCCCUGGAUUCUCCUAAGCCCUCUGCUAAUAUUUCCUGUGAUGGGCCUGAAAAGAUCAAGAGACGUAAAAAAAAGGGAUGGAAAAAUGUGGGGAAGUUCAUUAACAAAGUAUUGAAGCACUUCAAUAUUGAUAUUUGUCUGAAUUGUUAGACUCCCAUUUGAGAUUGAGCCUCAGUUUCUGUUUAAGGCCCUGCUCUCUGCCUUGUGCUCCUCAGAUUAAUAAACUCCAGUUUUACUCUCUC